AUGGAUCCGAACGUUGUGGGUGAGUCACAAGUAGAUUUGCAGGCGUGGGUGUGCCAGCAGCAAGAAGGCCAGCAAAGCUCUUUGGCCUUAAUCCGACAAGAGAUGCUUGUUGGUACCAUUUGGGCCUCUGUCCAGCCGCUGACCUCACCCUCCCGUUCAACAGCCCAGUCACUGCCUGAACAUCUUCAGAUUGUCAGACAGGGUUCCUCGUACUCUGAAUCGCCUGGCUCUGCUGCCAACUUGCGGUCUCCUGCUGCCAGGCGUUUAGGGUGCUUGGCCUUUCCUUCACGGGCCGGGCAGAGGAGUCCCAUUCCUUGUGGAGGAUCUGCGCCGCGAGUCUCGAGUCCAAGUCCAGCGGUGAGGAGUUUGCUCGAGGAGCGAAGACCAGCUCCUUUGGGGCAAGCCGCCUUGACGCCGAGCGGACCACAGGCAAGUGGCACACCCUCCACGGGCACAAACCGCUUCAAGGCGGAUCUGGACAGCGCUAGACAUUCUCAAAUAUCAGGAGCCAGUCCGGCUUCUUGCUCCACUGCCCGGGCCAGCCCCAAUGCUCCACGUCCAGCCCGGUCAAGAUCAAGUCUUUCCGCUGGUUCCGAGAAGUCUCCAGGAUCCCGGCUGAACUUCACAGAGAAGGCGCAAAGAGAUUUGGUGGAAUUGAUGCGAAGCAAGGACAAGCUGAGAGCCUAUGCAGAACGACCCUUUAAAGUACCAGGUCGAAGCCUGUUGGCUGGGAACCGCCUUUGCUUCGAGGACUUCCAGCAUGCUCUCAAGGAGCUGCUCCAGGAGCUUCACAUCAGCGUGCCAGCAGACAAACAGAUGCAGGCCCUGUUCGACAAGCACCGGGGAAGCAACCCAGGCGUAAGUUCGGAAGACUUUGAAGCAUUACUUUUUCGCUUGUUGUGUUUUUUAAGAGCCUCGGAGGAAGUCCGUGUGAAUCCCGGAGCUGAGAUUCGCUCCUGCUCCGAGGAACGCGACAAGCGAUGGCGGCAGGAUUUCAUUCAGACAAAUUCGCAGAAGUUUCACGAAGUCUACGAGGUCCAGAAACAGCUGGGCAAAGGCUCUUUUGGUACCGUAUAUUUGGUCUCGCACAGGACACAGGUGGACCAAAACAAAGCCAAACGGGUUCGCGUUUGCAAGAUGAUCAGCAAGGCCAAGGCCAAAGAAGCGAUGACAUCGGAAGCCAAGGUACGGGAAGAGUUUGCAGUUCUCAAACAACUCGACCAUCCUCAUGUUCUCAGAAUAUUUGAGGACUUUGAGGAUGAGAAGUACUUCUACUUGGUGAUGGAGCAAUGCCGCGGUGGUGAUCUCGCAGAGUAUGUCUGA